GCCAAGUGCUUGCUGCAUGCUGCACUGCUCCACAGCAUCACUGGCCGUGUGUGUGUGUGUGUGUCUCUAAACCUCCAGUGCUGCUCGUCUAUACGUUCAGGAUGUGUGGCGGGUGGCCUGUGCUGUAAACGAAAAUCGACACUCCCACUGCAAGUCUCCUGGUCAGACUCAGCAGCGGCUCUGGGAUGUCUUCCCCAGCAUCCACCAGCGGCAGCAAGAGGGAUUCCUCGGAGCUGGAGCAUGGUCAGAGAGUACCGGAGGCAGAUCCUGUCCCACCGCAGGUAAAGCUAAAGGACAGGCAAAAGUUUUUUGAGGAGGCUUUUCAGCAGGACAUGGAGCACUACCUGUCCACGGGAUACCUACAGAUCGCAGAGAGAAGAGAGACAAUAGGAAGCAUGUCGUCAAUGGAGGUGAACGUGGACAUGCUGGAGCAAAUGGACCUGAUGGACAUGUCUGACCAUGAGGCACUGGACGUCUUUCUCAACUCUGGGGGCGAGGACAACAGUGUGGCUUCCCCGAUGCUGGGUCCUGACGUGGAGUCGUUCACCUCUGAGAUCUCUCUUCAGGUGCCCACACAGGCCGACUUGAGACACAAGCUGGCGUCGCUGUCCUCCACCUGCACGGACUCAGCCAGCCAGGACACGGAGGCGGGGGAAGAGGAGGAGGAAGAUGAUCAUGAUGAGAGGGGACCAGCAGCCAUCCCCGACUCUCCGCUUGUCCAGCCGGAUCAGGAAGAGCUGGAGGAGAGUGCCACGUUAACCGAAAGAGAACGAAACCAGUCGAUCAAGAACUGUGGGAGCAGCAGCUCAUCCUAAAAAAAACAGAGGAUGAACGACAGACUGUUAAAAGAAAAGUGAUGCAGAUAGAAGUGUGCUAUGCACUUGCGUCCAAAGGAAGAGUGUGUGCACUGGUGUUCAAUGAAACCCUUUUGGUUUUAUAAAGAAAUUCUGUGUGGUGUGCUGUGUAAUGUGAAGCCCGAUCCUGUGCCUGCCCUCCAGAUCAAUAAAUAUCUUUUCUUCUGUUGGACGUUCACUGCAUACAGCUGAUCGGCUGUUUGCCCCUCUGUGCCACUGAUCUCAGUUACAGUGUUAUAAAAUAUGUCAUUAUCUAUAUUAUAUUCUUUCCACUCUACAACUAGUUUGAUCGGUUUCACAUCUUGUGGAGUAUUUCCAGCUUUAGAUUACAAAUGUACAAAAAUGUAUUCAAAAGGGAUGUUGAUGUCGUGAGGUACACGUCUGUCUCUGUAUGUAUAAAGUCAAUACUGCUUUAGAGGC